UACUCGGGUUUCCAACUUUGCAUCGUUUCCCUUGUUGCAGCAACAGUCAGUUGCGAUUGAUUCCGCCGCGGGCCGAAGCCAUGCUCCCUCACAGCCUGACAAGAACCGCGAUCAGGCUAUUGCUUCGCCGGGACGACUCGGACUCGGACGACGAUGUAAACGGGAGCCAGGACUGUGUAUAUGCCACGCCGGGCCCCAACGGCAAUGUUCCCGUGACGGCGUGCAACUCGUACUACAACUACGACCCUCAAUUCGCCCCAGCUGUUGCAGUGGCUGUGCUCUUCGGUAUCUUCACGGCGAUUCAUGUCGUGGAGGCUUUCCUCUUCAAGAAGCGGUACGCAUGGGUCCUUAUUAUGGGAGCUCUCUGGGAAACAAUCGCCUUCGUUAUCCACUCCCUGGGCACCAAGGACCAACAACAGAUUGGCUAUGCCACCGCGUGGAACAUUUUGUUCCUGCUGGCUCCGCUGUGGAUCAAUGCGUUUGCCUACAUGACCUUCGCGCGAAUGGUGCUGUUUUGGCAUCCAGAGGGCAAGGUUGCGGGUUUCAGGGCGGCCGUGAUCGCCCGGUGGUUCGUGCUCGCCGACAUCUUGAGCUUCGUCGUUCAGGCUGUUGGGGGAAUCAUGGCAAGCCCUGGCGCUAGCGCCAACAUUAUUCAGAUCGGUUUGAACAUCUUCAUGGGCGGCAUAGGCCUUCAACUGUUGUUCAUCCUGGUGUUCCUUGGCCUUAUGGGAGCAUUCCACAGACGCUGCAGUCAAGCACCACAAGUUGUGGAUGGUGGAAAGAGGGGUUGGAGGCCGCUGCUUUGGGGUCUUUACGGGGUCCUCGUUUGCAUCAUCGUCCGAAUCAUCUUUCGAAUGGCCGAGUUUGCACGAGGCAUUACACCCGAGAAUCCCGUCCCGUUCCACGAGGCGUACGCAUAUGCACUGGACUGCUUCCCAAUGAUGGUAGCCCUGCUGCUCCUCGCCAUCUACCAUCCGGGCCGUUAUCUGGUUGGCCCAGACAGCGAGUUUCCCCGAUUGUCGCGAAAGGAAAAGAAGGCUCUGAAGCGUGAGAAGAAGGCUGCUCGGGGAGAGGAAAAGGAAGCCAAAAGCCAGGCAAAGAAGAGUGGCGGAGCAAGAACGAGCAGUAGCGAGGGAAUGUAUCAGCUAGAGCAGGUUUAAAGUUUGGGACAAAUCCGAGUGUGCGAGUGAUCCUGGGAUGAAAACUUUUGGGACAUCCUCUCCACCUUUCUGUCAUCGAUGCUU